UCAAACAGGUUGGGAUAUAGUGAAGUAAUACUCUGUCGUACGUUUAAAAAGUAGAGCAAGAGUGAUGCAUACUUUCAGUUUCAGUCACCUCCCAUUUAUUUAUAUUUUAGCUUAGAAGGGGUAAAAGAAAGUCGAUCAGUGUGUGUUGAAUCAUGGCAUUGGAAAAUUGUAGUCAGAUCCUGGAAGUGUGUGAGGGAAAAAAUUGUUCUCAGAUCCUGGAAAAUUGUAGUAUCAGGAAAAUUUGUAAUUUGACUGGGGAUUUCUUUGGUGGUUCCCCUGAUCAAAGUGUGACCAGGAUAGUCUUAUUGGGGUCAGCAAUCGUUUUAUUUAUUUUUCUCAUUUUAAAGGAUGGACUUAAGAGUUUGAAGAUUAGAGCACAAUGGAUUCCAGCUUAUUUGAUGCCUGCAAUGGCCAAUCCCGGCGCUGAGGAUUUCUGGGGUAAGAUUAUGGCUUUGGUAAUAGUGGUCUUUCUUCAUGUACUAUCUGAGUUGUAUAUUCUAAAUCCUAGCUUUGCGGGAUUAUACUUAAAAACCAUAUGGCCGAAGCAGAGAGGUACUAGCAUUAAUCUCUACUAUAUUUUUGCCGCGCUAAUGUUCUUCUCCUUCAUUUUGCUCCUCCUCCUCCUUGGCUGCGCUAAUAUUGCUGGCAGAGGCAUUGAGCGCAUCCUGGCGGAAAAGAUUCCUGUAAUUCUCAAGGGGCAAGUGAAGGAGCAUUAUCAGCAUCAGCACCACCACUCUGAUGAACGGGUGGGGAGAACAGUGGACGACCAUCCUUAUCACUUUCGUUGUCAAGGCUGCUGGCAGAGAGUGGAAGAUGAAGUGCUGAGAGCGUGGAUUGUUGCUCGCGCAUACUCCCUUGAACAUAUUAUUGCGAGGUCGGCCUUGGCUGCCUCCGCUGCAACCGUUGUUACAAUUCAAAUUAUAAUUACGAUCAUAGCAGGGGUUUGGAAUAGCCCCAAGCUGGUGCUAUGCGGUGCAGAAGAUAGGUUGAUGCUUGCUAUAACUAUUCUGCAAUGUGUAUUCAUCUUGAUAGGAUGGUCCAUGAUCGGAUGGAGAUGGGCUACAGCAGUCGCUUAUUAUGGAAGUUGCAGAAGCCGUUUAUGGAUAGAGGAUUUCUGGACAAGACACCUGAAAGAGCUGCAGCAAGUGAAUAAGACCCGAUUGCCGCAGGCAGAACUGCUUCAUGCCAAAAUCGAAAACCUGGUUGCCAAUGAGUCAACAAAGAUCACGCUACCGGGAAUAUUAUUGUACGCAGUGAUUGCACUCCAGUGGUACACAGUUUCAUUCAGCAAAGCAUGUUGGUUCGUGUCUCGGAAACUUUUCUGCAACAAAUUGACGCGUAAGUUGCUGUCCUCGAUAUAUUUCAAAAAUUAUUCAAAAUACGAAGCAGUAUUGAAGGGUGUGCAGAUUUUAGGCGAGACUCCGGAAAGCCUGUGGUUAUCUAACCGCAAGUCCAUUCUGAUUGCCGAGGGCCUUGUUUCACGAGGCAAACAAGACUGUGAACGUGAGUGCCAAAAUCUGGUUGAUUUUGUGUCUACCAACAGAACAGGGCUUGGUCUAGGGUUGAACUGUUUGGAGCCAAAUAAGCCUCAGUCAGGAUUGAAUUAUCUGUGCAAGGGGACUCAGCAACCUAGAGAAGAACAGUUCACAGACAUGAGUAGAAAAUCUUGGAAAAUGACAGCGGUGUCCCUUUUGAAUAUCAUCAUUCAGCUCUCUCCAAUUUGUGUUGAAACUGAGAAAGAACACCCUUCCACUUCUCAACUUUUUCCUCCAAAGGUCGUUAAAGAUUGUUUGGAUGCAUAUUCUCAAGCAUGGGAAAUCAUAGAUUUUGUUGACAAUGCGGAUGCAGAAGCCGAUGAAAUCACUAGCCAAGCAGCCGACCAAUACUUUUUCACUUUGAAAGCGAAAGUGGACGCUGCAAGCAAUUCAAGGGACACAUGGACCGGCAGCGACUCCACGGACAUCAAGGAAGCUGAACGUGUGACUGCAGCAUUGGCUGAACUCAAAAAUCAAUGUAAAAGCAGAACAAAGACGUCCGGAAGUGUAAACGCACAUGCGUUAAAAAGUAAGGAGGAAAAAGACGGUAAAAGCAAAGCACAGACGGCGGGAAGUGUAAAUGCUCUUCGCUUAAAAAGUAAGGAAAAUAUACAAGGCCCGCGUACAAACGGAUGGAAUGGCAACGAUUCAACAGAUUGGAGCGCAGCUGCAUGGGCCAGUGCCGUGUACAAGUUAUCUAACAGUAUUCAGUUCAAUGAAGAAUCCCAUGUGAGUGAACUACUGAAGGAAUUAGAGAGCUCCUUGGCAGAUAUAAUAAAUGAAUGCUUGGAGAGAAUUCAAGAUCUCCUGUUUCUCAACUCCAGGAAAUGGGUCGUAAACAGUGAUAAAAGAAAGAAUGCCAAAGCACUUUAUACAGGAGGAAAGGCAAGGAUGAUCAUGGAAAUGCUCAGAGAGAAGAUAGACAACAUUGAAUAGAGGAGCUGCUCAGCAACAGUUCCAUAUCUUGGAUAGUUUUCUUUUAGAUGCUGUUUCUCAGGUUUGCUUCGAAGUUCUACGAUAUAUGUGAGUCAAUAAAUGUGGAAGCUUCUGUUUGUUGUCCCUGCCUACAAGUGGAGGGCAGUACUUAGGCCCUCGAUUCAGUGUGAGUUUUUCGGUAUGUGUGUUUUCCAUAGGGGGAAGUAUUAUGCAGUUGCAGUGCUAUGAUGUAUGUAAUCUAAUGGUUGAAUGCUGUGAAAAUUAUUUGAUUUCUUUUUUUAUUAUUGUUUGAAAGAUAUUCAUUGUUAAAAGGA